UGUGGCGUUGUGACGCUUCUCCUCAUGCGGCGGAAAACGGAAUAGUAACCGAGGAAGCAAACACCCCCCCAACAUCAGCACCGGGCUCAAAUCUGACCACAGAUACCACAGACUACAGUAACUAUUAAAAAUGUCACAGCACUUCAGAAGCGGUCCAGCUUUCGGACUUUCAGCGGAGGUGAAAAGUAAGCUUGCACAGAAGUACGACCCUCACAAGGAGGAGGAGCUCAGGCUUUGGAUCCAUGAGCUGACAGGGCGCAAAGUCCCAGACAAAUUCAUGGAGGGCCUUAAAGAUGGAGUCAUCCUGUGCGAACUCAUCAAUGCUCUCCAGCCUGGCUCUGUGCGAAAGAUCAACAACUCCACUCAGAACUGGCAUCAGCUGGAAAAUAUAGGCAAUUUUGUCAGAGCCAUUCAGGAUUACGGUAUGAGGCCAGAUGACAUCUUUGAGGCAAACGAUCUGUUUGAGAAUGUCAACCACACGCAGGUUCAGAGCACUCUGAUCACACUGGCUGGGAUGGCUAAAUCUAAAGGUGUCCAUACUAAAUCUGACAUCGGGGUGAAGUAUGCGGAGAAACAGCAGCGAAGGUUCGCCCCUGAGAAACUGAAGGAGGGGCGCAAUGUUAUCGGCCUUCAGAUGGGGACCAACAAGUUUGCCAGCCAGAAGGGGAUGACAUCAUACGGCACAAGGCGUCACCUCUAUGACCCCAAAGCUGGCAUGGAGAAUCCUCUGGACCAGUCAACAAUCAGUCUGCAGAUGGGAACUAACAAAGGAGCCAAUCAGUCUGGAAUGACGGCACCGGGCACCAAGCGACAGAUCUUUGAUAAGAAGCUGGACAUGGAAAGCUGUGACACUUCCACUGUCUCACUGCAGAUGGGUACUAACAAGGUGGCAUCUCAGUCGGGCAUGACUGUCUACGGGCUCCCACGCCAGGUCUAUGACAGAAAAUACUGCACUUACUCCGAAGACUACAUGGACAACGGCCAAGACAUGCAGAUUGACGGAUACCAGUACUCUGACUAAGAUGCCUUCACACCGCUGUGUUUUUAACUCACUCAUUUCUUGCCCACUUUUUUAAAAAUGUAAACCUCAUCCUGCAAGACCACGCAAACUGUUAAUAGUUAUCCAUCAAACCAGAACAUUAGGUCUGAUUUAAGAUGGAAUAAAAAUAAUGUUUGUAACAGUUGUUAUUUUUUGCCACGGGCUGCCCCCGCUUCUCACUUUUUUUCGAGUGUAGCAGCUUCCUGUCACCACUUUGCAUGUUUUUAGCAAAUGGCCAAAACUAUGCAUCAAAAAGGUCAGUGAAAAACAUAGAAUAUUUAUGAUGCCUUAUAGUUUGGUUUGAUUUGAAAUAUCCCCGAAAAUCAACUGUUGCUGAUGAUGAUCUCGAGUCUUGAGAUGUGAAGUUUGACUCAGAGGAAGUAAUAUCAAAAGCUAAGGACACUCACUAACAUCUAAAAAUUCUAUCCACCUUCAUGGGAGAAGCUUUGUUGCCUGAGAUGACACCUGAGAAAACCCAGCGUUAUUCCAGUCAGACAACCAAAAUCAAACCUGUCUGUUUUAGGUUCCUGCAAUUUGCAGUGAAUGUUGUGUUCUCUCUCUUUCCUUCUGUCUUUUGCACUAUAAAGCAUAAGAAGAUGGUACACAGAUGGACAUAUCAUUUAGCCGUGAGGCUUUAAAUCAAGCUAAAAUCUGCAGGUGCAUUCCACAUGACACAAAGAAUGUAAUGUACACCACUCCAGUAUUGCAUGGCUUUUCGAAGUGUGUAAAAUGUGAUAGAUUGUUUCCAUUACAGCUAAUUGCUAAAACACACUCUGUGCCUUGAAUAAUAAAUUCGUCCUGUUCA